GCGCCCAGCGCCCAGCGCCUGCCGACCCGGCCUGGUAGGGUCUGGCGCUGCCCACCCGAGGGAGCCCGCGCACCACGUCCGCCCGACCCUCCGCCCGUCCCACAAGCCGGGCACCUGUACCAGCAAACAGAUCGAAAGUCACCACAACUUGGCUUGUGUCCUACUACCCAGUGAUAUUUCCUGAUGUUACAGCAGUCCAGAAAGGAGCCUAGUGAACCCACAAAUAACAGAAUUGAAAGAAACAUCAUGAGUGUUGCAGCAUUAGGAGGUAAUGGAAAAGGGAAGCCUUCACCCCCUGGCGAAGAGGAACGCAAAAACGUUCUAAAACAGAUGAAAGUCCGAACAGUCCUGAAAGGCGACAAGAGCUGGAUUAUCAAACAUGAAGACUCGAAUGACCAUGCAAUAAAGCCAUCUUCAAAUCAGAACCGCACUACAUCCUGCUCAUCUGCUGGACAGGUAUCCAGUGCCAGCACAUCUCCAACCACAAAGGCUCCCGCUGGUUACAUCAUCCGGGGAGUGUUCACUAGAACAAUCGACAGCUCUUCUCACUCUCAGCAGCGCUUCUCCAAGGCCAAUGGAGCUCCAAGAAGUGCUUCUGGGCUGCCGGGAGCAGCUAAUUCUGGUCCUCCUCGUCAGACCUUUGGAUAUAAAAUGACUACAGAAGUUUAUAAGAAAUUGGCACCGUACAACAUCAGGAGCAGCUCUACAUCAGGGACCGAGGAAGAGGAAGAACGAUUCACCUCAGAUGAACAAAAGCGGCGGUCUCAGGCUGCCAGCAGUAUUCUGAAGAAGACAGCCCCACGGGAACACUCUUACGUCCUCUCGGCAGCUAAGAAGAACACUAGCAGUCCUACCCAAGAGCUGCAGAACCCGUUUAUUGCAAGAAGGAUUUACCUGGUGGAUGAGGACGUGCCUCCUGAGAAAAAACAGCAGCCUCCUGCUCUGACAAGACCCACUCCUAGGUUAAGCAGUAUGGAUGAAGAGAGAACAGACGUGCCUCAGGCGAUCCGAAUUGAGUGUGUGCCUAAUGCGCCUAGUCCUGUUCCGUCCGGAAGGCAGGAACCCAGCUUAAAAAAUGAGGAGAUCGUCCGUUUGCAGAUCGCGACCCCAAGAGCAGAACUCUGCCUGGUGGCACCAGACCUGGAAGCCCCGAGGCCUUCCCACAAAAGCAAUAAUGAGAUAGCACACCCUGAAGAAUUCAAAAGAGAUUUGACUUGUGAUGAUAAUUUUAAGAUUCUCAACACAGAUUCUGAAAGAUCACCUGCACAGAUGAAUGAUGGCAGUGUGGAACCUGGAGCCCCAGAGUCCCUACCAGAAGUUUCCGCUGGAGCAGACAUUGGCGCUGAAAGGGCAGGGUCUGGUGCCAUGGUAAUUUCCAUCCUGGAAAAUAAGAAGAAUGACAUUGCAGUAGACCCGGAAGAUGAGAAGGCAGACCCCAAGGGCCCUUCAGCUGAUGAUGAGAAGAAUGUGGACCCCCAAACCACCGAGGCUGACAAAAGAGAUGGCCAGGGAGACCCAGGUGCAGCCACUCAGCACUCUGUAGAUCCCAGCACCCUAGAGGCACAGAGGAGCUCCAGUACACCCAAUCAGCUGAUGGAACUAGAGGCCUGUGCUGGCAGGCCACUGCCUGGGUUCUUCUCUGAAUGUGCUCAGGAUACCGCUACCUUGGUCCUAGUCAGUGUUGACCACUUCUUGGGAUUUGAGAAGCUGGGAUGGGGCUGUGAUCCAGGAAAGAAGUCUGGCUAUUUCCCAGUGCAGGAGGACAAAGACUUUUAUUUAUACAAUGAUGGUGUCAAACAAUAUUUACUCUUUAUCAGCAUUCCAGAUGCUCAUGAGGAGAAGAAUGUGGCCCCCAAGAUCAGCGAGGCCUGGCAGGAGACACCUCGGGCCCCACAAGAUGGACAAGGAGACCCAGCUGUGGCUAUCCAACAAUUGGCAGAUCCUAGCACCUCAGAGCCGCAGAGCAUCUCCAGUGGACUUGAGCAGCAAGUCAAAGUGGAGGACUGUACCAACAUGCUAAAAAGCCCUUCAAGCUGCUCAGUCACUGUUGGUGGCACUACCACCUCUGAACAAAUGCAGUUGUGUGUCCCAGCUGCCUCGUGCGAGCUGGACUCCAUCUCAACUGUCAAAGGAAUUCUCUUCCUGAAAGAGUCCAUGAAUGCUAGUGAAGUGUCUUCUGAGAAGCCAGUGUUUUCACACUGUGACAGCACCAGCAGCGUUGCGGACUCAUUGGACUCAGAGAGGAAAGCCCCACAAGAAGGCACUCCACCCUCUCCACCCUCUGGGAGACCAACCGAAGGGCUCUGUACUUACUGCAGCCAUGAGAUCCAAGACUGCCCAAAGAUUACCCUUGAACAUCUUGGCAUCUGUUGCCAUGAGUAUUGUUUUAAGUGUGGGAUUUGCAAUAAACCAAUGGGUGAUCUCCUAGAUCAGAUCUUCAUUCACCGUGACACCAUCCACUGUGGGAAAUGCUAUGAGAAGCUCUUCUAGGCUGAACAGAAGCUGACAAGCCCCAGGGGUAUUUGGCUGUGCAGUUGCCCCAAACUGUUGGCUCCCCUUCCCUUGCACCCUCCUUGGUAUCACUGUACUUCUGCCCAGCCCACCUGGUUCUGGAGUAACACACAUGUAAGACUGUAUCUCAAUGAUGUUAUAAUCACUUGUGUGUAGCCUUUUAUGCCUUAGAAAAUACUUCAAAUCCGUAUCUCCGCUUAGGCUUGACAUGUUGCUUCCAGGAAGAACAACUACACUUUGACUUCUCUGAGACAUGUUGGCUGGCUAAACAGGGUAAAUGACCUGGGCACAAGUACAGAUAUCACUGUAUGACGGUUUCUGAAGCUUCUGAGGGGCCACGCCAAAAAUUAUUGACGAUCCCUGGUAGGGAAAUUACAGGCACUGAAUACUAAGGGUUGGCAAUAGGCUAAUGUUUAGCUUGUCUAUUCACUAUGUAUGUGUACAUGUGUGUUUUAAUUUCUUACAGAAUGUUUAAAAUAGUUCAUUAUUUUUUAUUGAAUUAUGUAGCAGAUUUAAAUUACCUCCUCCUGUUCUCCUUUGAGUUUUUCCUGUCAGUAUGUCAGCGCAUACUGGAAAUUUUACCUAGGUUUAAAUUUGAUAAGCUACAUUAGGAGGUUUCUAACCUAAGAGCCAUCUGUGUCUCUUUGAACUUUGAUAGCUGGUUCAAGUCUUUAUCCUCAGUAUUCCUGGACUUUACAUAGAAAUUCUCUGAACUGCUUUUAGGGUAUGUAAAUCUCAGAGUAGAGAAGAAAACAGAUGAGGUUUCUUGAGACCUCACUAUGCACCUGCACUGCCACAAAGCAGGGGCUUUAAUCUCAUUUGAGAAGUGGAGAGAAUCUUGUGGAACCACUGUUCUCUCUGAAGCCUGCACUCUCUCUAGAAGCAAUAACCAUAGUGACACUGAGCACGUCGUGCCAGGCACAGUGUGUGUGGGGGGGUCACUAUUCCUACCGUGGAAUACUUACCUGAGUCAGGAGUAGAAACAGUAAACGUGUGACCUUUGCCCCAUCUCUGGGCUUCUUGAAGUGCUCCAGUAAUCUAAGUGGCCCCUUUCCCUCUCCCCCACACAAAACAAGGUUGGCUCGCGCAUCUUCUCAAAGAAAAGCUUGUCAGCCAGCAGAAGGUGCACUAGGUUCUGCCCUGAGCACACAGCUUUCCACGAUCGCUUUUUCAGCCCUCAGUUUCUAGGUUCCCAGGUACUCAAAACACCGAAAGCUGAUGUCUGGCAGAGCAGGGGCAGGCUCAGCCCUGAGUUUGCCAGUAUGCUGCUCUGCUUCGGCUUCACUGUGAUGCCUUUAGGCCCAGCAUUAUACUGUAAGCUUCUUGAAGAGAAAACAGCCCUCAAAACCUGGGGAUGCAAACUGGAGGCUUUUGUUGGAUUUGCUUCUUUCUUCAGACUCUGAGCCCUAGACACAUUUGAGUGUGGACUUGUUCUUCCUACCAGGUAAUCAGAGAAGCGCAUUCUAUUUAUUUGAAUAUUU